AUGCAGCGUGUCUGGGGCUCUCACUAGGGUCGGUGAGGUCGAAGGGAUCUUAGAGCAUCUCGAAAGCGCUCCGGUUCUCUGUUUCCCUUAUUUUAGAACGCUGCAGGCGGCGGAAUGUCCUGGUCCGGCCUUCUCCGUGGCCUCAACACGUCCCUAAAUUAUGGUCUAGCCCUGGUCCCACAGUUCUGGGCCACCCGCCCCAUGGCCACCCUGAACCAGAUGCACCGCCGAGGCCCUCCAAAGUGGCCAUCGCCAAAACUGGGUCCCACAGAAGGCCGGCCACAGCUGAAGGGUGUAGUUCUGCGCACAUUUAUUCGUAAACCUAAAAAGCCCAACUCAGCCAACCGCAAGUGCUGCCGCGUGCGGCUCAGCACAGGCCGCGAGGCUGUCUGUUUUAUCCCAGGAGAGGGCCACACCCUGCAGGAGCAUCAUGUCGUGCUUGUGCAGGGCGGCCGUACCCAAGACCUGCCCGGCGUCAAGCUCAAGGUUGUGCGUGGCAAGUAUGACUGUGGCCAUGUGCAGAAGAAGAAGUGACCACCAGGUGCAUGGUGUGCUGGGGUUCACACAGAACAAGAACCUUUGUCUCUGGGUUCCUACAGUAUCUUUGGGAAGCUAGGCCAGCUCUAGAAGCAGCUUGUCCUGGUUCAAAUCCUGGUUUCACCUCUUCCAUCAGGACCACCAAUAAUAGCCCAUGGAGGUCCUGGGUGUGAAUUAGAAAAAGGUGCCCCUCCACCAACACCCUUGGUGUCCAUGUAUAGAGUGUUGGUGCAAGAGUCGUCUUCUGCUGGGACAGUACACUGUACUGCCAUCUAAUGGGAAGGGGUUGCAAUAAAUACACAGACUCUGUGGUUGUGAGGAGUACAGCUUGCCCAGUGUUCACCUUCUGUGUGGUCUUGGCAACUGACAUGCCCUCUGGGCCUCUGUUUCAUCCUCUACCCACAGCAUCCCCUUUGUUGGGUUUGGUGAACAUUAGACACCCUGUGAACAAAGCACAUGCGGAUGGGUACUCUUUUAAAUUUUGGAGUCUGAUGGCAGCACUGAGACCUAGUUGCCCUUCUUGCUGGCCCUGGUCCCUGGACUAGGAAAGCCCCACCCUCAUGUUCCUUCCUGAAAAUGGCAGUAAUUGUCAUGGUGGCAAUGAAGGGGCAUCGAGAAAGAUUGAAUGGGGGUUGCUGCUGUGUAGGUGGGAGCUUCCCUUCUAUGUUGUUCUCAGAAUCACACACAAUCUGGGUUCAAAUCCUGCCUCUACCUCUUAGUUGUUCUGUGACUUUGGGUUUGUUACCCCCUUGGCGCCUGUUUCAUCCCUUGGAAAAUGGUUCUGAAAGUAAUGCUGCCCUUACCUGAUCUUAUGCUUGGCCAUGUUAGGUUUUAAGAUUGGGAGAUGUGCUUAUAUCCUUUUUUUUUUUUUAUUUAUUUAAAGGUUUUAUUUUUAGAGGGGAAGGGAGUGAGAAAGAGAGGGUGAGAAGCAUUGAUUGGUUGCUUCUCAUGUACCCUGACUAGAAACCAAAACUAACCAAGGCAUAUGCUAUGACCGGGAAUUGAACUGGCAGCCUUUCACUUUGUGGAACAAUGCCCAACCGCCUGCGCCACACCAGUCAGGGUGGUCCUUAUAUCCUUGGGCUCUGGAGCCUGACUCAGGUACAAGUUCUGCCUAUCCUACUUACUGGCCAGGUGACCUUGGGCAGAUCAUUACACUUGGCCUGUUUCCUCCUGGACUAAAAGGCAUGAACCAUUGAGGACUGGCAUCAGAGCCGUUGGGUGCAGCCUUGUUGCUCACCUGUUUCCAGCACAGUGCUUAGCAUACCUCCAAAGUUCUCACAAUUGAGAACACUCCACAAGGCCUUUUAGGAUCAGAGCAGGGGGCCGAUAAGUGCACUGAUUACAGACAAGUCCCCCAUUAUCUCACAUUUCGCACCAAUUUUACUGAGCUAGUUUGGUGGCUGUGCCCAUCUGUGGAAACAGUGGAGGACAUGAGGGGAGUGGGGACAGGAGAGCUUUCCUUCACGACAUGCCCUGUUCCUGGAAUUUGUAUGCAAGUGGGCUAGGGUGGACAAAAGGAGGGUGUUGCCUUACAGGAGACAAGCUGCUCCCGAGGCAGAGGCAG